GGGGGGGGAGAAGAGCUGCCUAUAUUGGCCCCUGUGUGCUCUAGGCCUGUUUCAGGCUCACAGCCUGGGAAUAUUCCUGCCUUCUGUGCCCUGAUUGAUCUCGGGGGGGCUGUGGCAAAAUCAAAAGGGGGCCACUGUUUUGCUCUCGAUGUGAACUAACAGUGUGUCAGAAGAUGACUGUUUGCAGAAAGUCCAUUUCAGCAGACAGCCUUGGAAACUGUGCCACCAGAACUCAAAGUGAUAUCGAUGGAAAUGGCUUUUGUGCAGAAGUGAACAAAUGUCUUAACAACUGCAAGUGAAAUACACCAAGACAGAGUUUUGGACUGCAAUAAGGUUCCUGAAAUGGGUCAAGAACCACGGGAACAUGAAGGCUGUUUCUGUCCAGAUCCUGCUUGUGCUGAGGGCCUUGUGCCUGGUCACCCUGGCUGGAGGGCAACCCAAAGCGCCUCUGAAGUGUUCAAAUGAAUGCUCUGGUUUUACAUCUGUGAUAGCAGAGAAGAGGAUAAGGAGCUACCGCCGGACCGAGCCCGGAUGCACAAAACAAGCCAUCAUAUUAACUACUCUGAAGUCUAAGGAGUUUUGUGCAGAUCCAGAGGCUGAGUGGGUGAAGAAGAUUGUAAAGAAACUGGACCAGAAAAAGGCCACAGCCUCCCCACUUGGGCAUGAUGCCACCUCACCAGAAGAGGCCGGUGAUGUUCAGAAACAGGUUGGUCUUCCAGUAAGGGCUCCAUCUCAAGCCAUUGCUCCAACUGGUUUCUUCCAAGGGACCACCACAACAGCCUGGGAGAGAAUACAUGCUCCUACUGCGAGGACAGAGGUGUCCAGCAAGUCCCCUCCAGCCAGGCAGGACAGCACCCAGCUCCCUGCAGGGUCACCCUCCGUGACACAGGAAUAUGCUGCGCGCUCUGAGGUCGCUCCAGAAGCAAACAGAGACUCCUCAAAUUCUCCUGCAUCUUCAACAGCUCUCACAGCAGGCAUGGGCUCCAGCCAGCCCACCCCACAUCCCACAGCUCGUGUGCAUGGCUUUUACAACACCAUGAGAUCUACAGAAGAAUGUGCAGGACAUACUGCAAAUGCUGCGGCUGAUGUUCAAGACACAACUUCUCCUGACUCAGAUUCGGACCCAAUGGCAACUACUAAAGGAUCAGACAAACCUCUGCUUUCUACAAGUGAAUCUCUGGACUCUACAACUGCCAGGGCCAAUGCACCAGACACUGCUUCCAGCAGUUCUAGAUCAGAUCUCCCCUCCACCCUGGACAGUGUGGACAUUGCAACACCCCCAGACACACCAAUUCCACCAGACACUAGUUCAGUUUCUACUCUGAACUCCACCAUUGCCACAGACAAAGGGGCUUCUGUCCAUAGCAACAAGGUUGUUGGUUCCUCUACAGAUGGGUCUGGUACUAGAACACGUGAUUAUUCAUCACCUGUAGGAAAGCAAGAGCCUUCUGAUACAUUAGUUUUUGCUGGCCAGGCAUUCUCGGGCCAAGCCAGGGUGCAGACGAUCACAGACAGGCCAGAUGAUCAGCCUCUGUCCAGCUUCUUGUCUCAAACACACUUUGUCAUCCCCGUUUCUGUGGUAAGCGCGGUGACCAUUUGCACUGUUGCUCUUGUGUGGCUGUACCUGAAGUUUGGAAUGAGACCAGAAGAAUCGUCGAGAGAAAUGGUGCAGGGCUUGCUCUACCAGAGGGCAGGACAUCAGAACAAUGCCUAUCCAAUGGAAGUAAUCUGAGUGCUUCUUGGCAUGGACAUUUUUGGCCUAAACUAUAUGUGUGUGUUACUGCAGAACAGCUGUUUAUGCUGAACAGGUGACCACCGGUAGGAAGCAAGCCAGGGAAUAAAAAUACCAGAGCAAACCUGUAUUUUUGCAGAGCAGAAUGUCCAACAAUACAUCUGUUUUGUCAUUGACCAAUGACAGUGUUUUGGAAAUCAUUGAGACACUUCUUUUCUUCUGGCACUGUUACACACGACGGCUGUGGCUGUUCUUCCUCUGCUGGUGGCUCUUUGCCAGGGGGUAGGCAGAAGUGGAUUCCCAAAUUGCUGUUGGGAAUUUUUCUGUGAUUCAUCAUGGCUAAGCCAAGAAGCCACUCACUCACCCACACUGUUGGACUCGGGCUCAGCCACCCCAAGCAAUCUUAGCACCAAACCCACACGAUUUGCACUUAAACUCUCUGCUGCUUCUCUGUGCUUCAGGUCUCUGCUCUGUCAGACCAAGGCCAAAGCUGGGUGCUGGCUCUCCUUGGGCUGAUCAAAUGUACUCUAAUUAUUUCUUCUUGCUGCAGACACGAGGGAUAGCCCAGCUUUUCAGAAGGAGGUGACCAUAACUGCAUCUGAUCACGGUGCUGAAGGUCAGUGCUACAGACUUCGUGUUCACAGAAGCUGGGAACCCACAGUCUGUCUCCUCCUUGAAAUCAGGCCCUUCCUCUCAACAGCAUUUCUUCUUGCAGAUGUGGUCUGAGACCUGCUCCUUAGGAAAUCAAUGCAAUGAAACCCUUCUGCCAGCUGAUAUGCCCCGUGUCCAGCUGCAUCCAACACCGGGGCAGGAUAAUGCAAAUGAUUCUUUGCAAAUGGGAGAAAACAAGAAGUCACCCAAUAGUGUUGCUAUUCCUGUGAUAACAUUGGAACACUUUUGCUGUUCUCUGCAAGCAAAAAAACCCAGGAAAUAAUCUCUUGGAGGAGCUAAAGACAGUUCUGGAUUUAGUCAUGUAGGAAUUACUCCACCACAGCAGAUGUAACAUCCUUCUGCUUCCAUAGUCUCUCUAGAAAUAAGGACAUUUGCUGAUGCACCAAACAAACAAACAAAAAAAAAAAAAAAAGGAGGAAAAAACAAGAACAAAAUGGCUGUUCAUAGUUCUACACUUCAUCUGCAUUUUAGUUUUUCCAUCCUGGAUAGCACUGAUCACCAGGCUAUGAAAGCAUCCUAACAGUAACAGGCUUUUUUUAAACCCAAGUUGAUUUUGAUUUUUACACCUCCAGGCACUGCUGUAUGUAAGCUUUAUGUUUUAUCUGUGGUCAGGUCCUGAAAGCCCUUAUUAGACUUCGACCCCAGUGUGAGUUUUGCUGGAGCGUGCAAAGGUCUUCACGAUACGAUGCUUUGUGAGUAGAUACAUAUCAAGGGUCAGAUCCUCCUCUAACCAACCUCAGUGGAUCAGAUCCCAAAGUAUGAAUAUGCACAUAGAAAAAAAAGGAAGGAAAAGCACAUAAUAAACAAGAUCAUCAAAGCAAAAAUGAGGGGCCAGCUGUGAGGCAGAGCCUGAAGAAGGCAGCCUGUUAAACCCAUCAGAUCACCCCCUCACAGCAUCCAUUCAGCCCUGCAGGUGGAGAGGACAGACAACAACUGUGUUUGUCUUCUGCCAUCAUACAGCCCCUUCUUUCUGUGUUUUGUUGACUUGAGAGAGGGGAGCCAGGGAUUCAUCUGGGGGUUUGCAAGUGUGGAAUGCAAUUAGAUUAAUUGCAUUGUGGGGUGAAGUCCUUCCUUGUGCAGCCCAGCUGUGGAACGCUGUCUGGCGAGGAUUUUCCUGGAGGGUGAAUCAGGGGCUGUCAGUGCCACGUCCCCAUCCACCCCGCUUGUGCACAGUCGGGAUUUGUGAAGUAUUGUAUGUGGCAUUAUUUUUAUAUAAAACACUAGAAAUGUUAUUUUUGUAGUAAAGUUUUGUAGCCUUUUGAAUGUAUGCGAUGCCCUGUCUGCGCUGCUUGGAGCUGAGACCUUGCUGGGAACACUGGAAAACACUGUGCCUUGUUUAUUUUCUUCCUGGUCUGAGACGGCUUGUGCAUGUCCAUGGGAGCAGGAUCACUCUCCAGGCCCUUCAGCAAAUGGGGUGGACACCUGUCUGGCUACAGGUGAAGUCCUUGGCUCGAAGUGAUGCUGGGGAGAUGAAUGUGCACCAGUCAGAUCACCUGGAGUCCCACAAUGCUAUUUGUAAGGACACUGGUUUCAGCUCCACGGGUGGCUCCCGUCGUCUUCCAGCUGCCACAGUCCCACUGGAACUCCUCAGGAGGAGUUGCUUCUCCAGCCUGGCCCUGUCCUUGUCCUUGCCCUGCUCCCCUCUCCUGUUCCUGGGCUGUUAGCA